UUCUAGAUCUUCUGCUGGGCACUGUAGACAAGUCCGAGUGAGAUCAUCUCUCCUGCCAUCUUCUUUUCGACUACAUCUUCGCCGACCGCCCACCGCUGCCCAACACUGUCCUCCUCACCCCUGGAAGUCCAGAAUUGGGCGUCCACACAGUCCAACCGCCAGCCCUGCGAACAAGGAUAUCCUCGCCUGCCAACCGGGACUGCUCCUGCUCGAUUCGCAGCAAAAAAGAGUCCAUCGUGCCCAGCCUUCUUCCGUCGUCACCAUAACACGACAUCGCUCCCACUCUCACUCCUCCUCAAGCAUUGCAACCAGCAGACACCUCCCUUGAACCGCACUGCGAGCUUGAGACCAACCGGUCAACCACCGCCAUGUCGCGAUACCGAGCUUCAGACGCCGAUCUGGCUUAUGGCGAUAUCCCUCAACGAUGGGACCGCGAACGAUUCGAACGCUUCGGCAGCAGAGGUGGACCACCGCCAAGAUUUGAGGAGGACUAUCAUUAUGAGGAACGCGAGCGUCCUGGCCGUCGUGAUGUGGCUGUCGCCGACCGCGAGAUAAGCCGUGGCCCAGGAGGACGUUUCGAAGAGCGAGACCGAUACUACGAAGAGGACAUCCGAGCUCGAGCAGCUUCUCAUCGCCGCAGACGGACCGACAGAGAACUCUUUGGCGAUAUUGACCCACGUGAGGUUGCAGAGAUGGCACUCACACCGUACCAGCACAGAGGCAGCGCUCGCGAUGAGUUGGACGUCAUGCAACGGCCACCUCGACCGGGCAUUCUCCGCAGACAGAGCAGCCUGGACACAUUCGAUCGGCGUCCAGUCCGGCAGAUGGAAAGAGAAGACUAUCGCAUUCCGGCCUACACACCCGUACCUCUUCCGGUACCCCGGCGCCAUCGCGAGUGGGCCGAGCCAGAGGAUUACCGCGAGGUCGAGAUUCAACGAGAACGCACCGUCCGCCGACGUCGUGGGCACAAGCAUAAGCACAAGGAGCAAAGCAGAGCUCCAAGCAGUUCCAGCAGUUCUUCCAGCAGUUCCAGUCGCGAGGAUGUCAAGAGUCGUGGUGCCAGUACCAAGGCUCCGCGUAGUGCCAAAGCACCGAGCAUGUAUGAGAGCACUCAUGAGACUGUCACGAAGGAGACCAAGGAGACCAAGGAGGCACCUCCACCACCGCCUUCCGCUCCAGCUCCCAGCAACCACUCAAGCUCGCUUGAGGCGAGCGUUCGACAGGAGAGACGCUUCAAGAAGGGCAAGACCCGCAUGCCAAAGCGUCUGGUCAGAGUGGAAGCCAUCAUGGAUCUCGGCUAUCCAUUCGAUGAAGAAGAAGAUUUCUAUGUCCUCCGAAUAGCUCUCGAGAAGGACCAGAUUGAUGAGGUCAUCAAGAUCAGCGAGACGUACAAGGACGGAGAAAAGAAGAAAGUUUAUCGCUUCGAGAAGACGGUCGAAGAAGAGGCCGCCGUCCCGCCGCCACCUGUCGGCGAGCGCGAAGAAAUCGAGCGAACAGAGUGGAUCAACCCACCGACCGUCCUCAUGGGCGGCCGCGCCAAAUCUGUCCGCGACGCCUCACCUUCCGCCAAAUCCAGCAUCAGUCGCCGUGGUUCUCCACGCAACCGCCGCCCUUCGUCUCCAGGGACCUAUGUCGAGCGCCAGACCAUCUACGAACAAAACCUCGCUCCUCCCGCCCCACCGCCAAUUCCAGCCCCAGCGGAGUACUACGAAGAACGCAUCGUUGAAGAGCGCGCUCCAUCAUCACACCGCCACCGUAGCGCCUCUCACGGCGGCGCGCUGGUCGUGCAAGAACGCAGCGACUACCGUUCCGACAGGGACAUCAACCAGGAAAUCCGCGCGCUGGAGUCUGAGCGUCGAGCUCUCAAACUCGAGCGCGAAGCAGAAGAGAAGCGUGAAAUGGCCCUACGACUUCGUGAACGACCCGCCGAGGAAUUCCAGAUGGUGGAGUACCGCGAACCGCGACGUGGAGAGGAGCUGGUGAUAUAUGAGCGAGAGAGGGAGAAGAGUCCCGUGAGGAAUGUCAUCCGGGUAGAGAAGGAUCGGAAAGCGAAGCAAAAGGCGAAGAUUGUCGCUGCGGCGAUGGCGACGUUGACUUGA